AUCUGGAGGAAAGCACCUGCUGAUGUCUGUCACUGCAGUUAUGAGUAACUCAAGAUCAGGACGAAAUCAGAAGCUGAGAGAGAGAGUGUGUGUGUGUGUGUGUGGUAAAGUGUGCUCUGUUGGUGCUCUAACCAGCUAAUUGCAUGAAGGACAGUUAAUCGAUUUAAUUAAGUAUUAUUCGGCCUAAUUACUGUUCACAUAAGCUCCGUUCCAAAUGAUACACUGUGUACUUGUGCACUACUCAACCCUGUAGUGUAUGUAUGAAUUAUAUAAGGUUAUUCUGUCAUUCAUAAUCGGAGUCUGAUAGCUCCUCCCCCUUCAUGACGUCAUUGUGUGCAUGAAGUGCAACAUUCCACACUCGGUCAUUAAAGUGCAUCAUCCACUCGCUCUGUUUAUACUACAAAACGUCAGGGAAAAGUGCAUAAGCGAGCGAUUUGGGAUGCGCCUAUACAUUCAGGUUCACGUUAACCGUAAGAUCAGUGCAGUCGGAUUGUGAGCUGACGGAUGGCGAUGGCGCGGUGUUCUGCCGCAGUGUCCGCUGGAUGGCGCCGCGGAAGAGCUCCGGUGUGAUCGCAGUCUUUAGCUGCUCGUCUGAUGAAGCAGCCGGAAGUGACGGGACACGUGUACUGUCCGUGAUGUCAGAGUUCGGAGAGUGACGCGACUGCGUGAUGACAGACAGCAGGAGCGCGAGACAGAUGCGAGAGGAAAUCAAUCAUCUGGCCGCUGCAGGAGGAGGAUGCUGAGGAUCCGAUGAUCCUCUCUCAGUAUCUGGAGCAUCACUCGUCUUCUUCUUCAUCCUCUUCAUCCUCUUCAUCAUGAACAGCGCUCGGAUGCUGAGCGUCGCGUCGGACUGAAGCAGCGUCAACACGAGCGCAUUAGCGGAGAUCUGUGAAACAGCAAAAUGGGAGAGCAGCCCAUCUUCAGCAGCAGAGCGCACGUCUUCCAGAUCGACCCCAGCACCAAGAAGAACUGGGUUCCCACCAGCAAACACGCCGUGACCGUGUCCUACUUCUACGACAGCACACGCACCGUCUACCGCAUCAUCAGCCUGGACGGGUCAAAGGCCAUCAUCAACAGCACCAUCACCCCCAACAUGACCUUCACCAAAACCUCACACAAGUUCGGUCAGUGGGCGGACAGUCGGGCCAACACCGUGUACGGCCUGGGCUUCUCCUCCGAGGCGCAUCUGAGCAAAUUUGCUGACAAGUUUGCAGAGUUCAAAGAAGCGGCGCGGUUAGCCAAAGAGAGAUCUCAGGAGAAGAUGGAGUUGACCAGCUCACCCUCACAGGAAUCAGCGACCGGUGAUCUUCAGUCUCCUGUGACUCCAGAGAACAUCAACGGGACGAACGAGAGAGUGACCCCUGACGCACCCUUCAACACCGAGAGCCGCGCCGAGAUCAACGCUGUACCCUUCCCUCACAGCUCGUCGUCCAUCACUAAACACUGGGAGGCCGAGCUGGCGGCUCUGAAGGGGAACAAUGCUAAGCUAACGGCGGCGCUGCUGGAGUCCACGGCUAACGUCAAGCAGUGGAAGCAGCAGCUAGCGGCGUAUCAGGACGAGGCCGAGCGACUGCACCGACGGGUGACGGAGCUGGAGUGUGUGAGCGGACAAACCGCCGGCGCCAAAACACAGAAAACAGAGCUGAACCAGACCAUCGAGGAGCUGGAGGCCGAGCUGAAGGCCAGAGAGGAGGAACUGGAGAAUCUCAAACAGGAAGUGGAGAAGGCCAGCCAGCUGCAAACACAGAAAGACUCUCUCGCUCAGAAACUACAGGAGACGGAGCGGAGGAACGUGGAGCUGGAGUCUCAGCUGCUGGAUCUGGAGCAGCGUCUGGAGAACAGUGAGCUGGAGAGCCACAGCUUCAGGAAGAGUCUGCGCUCGCUGCUCCAGCUGCUGGACGGAAAGAUCUUUGAGCUGAGCGAGCUACGAGACAGUCUGGCCAAACUGAUGGAGGAGGACAGCAGCUAGACACACACACACACACACACACACACACACGCGCACACACACACACACACACACACACUGAAAGAUCUUUGAGCUGAGCGAGCUGCGAGACAGUCUGGCCAAACUGAUGGAGGAGGACAGCAGCUAGACACACACACACACACACACACACGCACACACACACACACACACACACUCACACACACGCACACACACACACACACACACGCACACACACACACACACACCCACACACACACACACACACACACACUGAUCACUGAAGAUGCUACUCCUGUGUUUAUCAUCUGCUACUCUUCCACUGAAAUCUGAGCAAUAGGAGAGGAACGGACACUAUCAGGUAUUUUUGGUCUCACACACACUCGAGUCUGCAGGGGGUCUGGAAGCGUCUUUCCUAACACACACACACACACACACACACACACUCGAGGGGCUUCGGUGCGCUCGUGUCACGGGAUCAAGCUCGAUCAGUUUGUUCUUGGGGUUUUUUGUUUCCGCUCUUCAUGAAGAGCAGCGGUUUACUUCCUACUGUAUGAUUUCUGCUUAUUUAUUGUAAAAAUAUAUAAUAUUCUAUCUAUAUACUCUCAUCACAGUGGCUGCAUUACGUAGUAAGGUUUGUUAUCAUCUUUCUUGUUUUUUUUUAUAAUUUCCGAUGUGGAAAUAUGUGUUUUUUUAAUGUGAGAUAAACUGGCAAUAUUUUUGAUCUACUGAAGUAUUUAAAGAGAAACGAUGUGUCCAGAUUCAGAGUGUUCCUCUGCCUGACCGGUCCUCUCUCGUCCAGAUGAAGCUUCUCAAGAUCUUCAAGGGCUCGCAGCAGAUAGAUGUGCUCGUUUUUGACACACUGGACGGCUUUAUUAUUAUUAUUAUUAUUAUCAUCAUGUUUGAUUUAUGAGCUGAUGUGACACUGAGGCUCAGACACCUUUGAUUAAUAAUUGAGAAUAUUGAUUAAACCACACACUCCAACACAAUUGUAAUUUACUUUAUAGUAAAAUUAAAGAAGAAAAAUGCUCAA